UUGAAAAUCAGCUGGACAAAAGCGUCAACCCCUGUGAUGACUUCGCUGAUUACGUCUGUCGUCGCUGGACCACAAGAGAGAAGCUUCUCCUGUCAAGAUCAGAGAUGUGGGAUAUGCUUUUGUCGUGGCUGUACAACUUUCCGGAAAGGCUGAACAAAGCUUUUUCCCGAUUCCCUAUAGCGAAAAAAGUUAUUGCAAUGUUUAACGCUUGCAACAAAAAGGGCGGAUCACAAAUCUACAUCAUGAAAAAAUUCAUGCGCGCAAGAGGCAUUAUCUGGCCGGAAAAAACAGAGGAAGCAGUUUCACCGGAGAAGGCCCUUUUUGACCUCUCGGUGAACUGGAACGUGCACCUGUGGUUUACCUUGAAGAUAUUCCCCUUUAUUUCGAAGGAAACUCCACGACUUAUAUUUGUGGAACCGAAUGAGCUCAUGCGUAGGUUGAAGGCCGUGUUUAGCCAAAUACCAAAGCAAACCUUUCAAAGAGUCUACAAAGAACUCUUCCGUGUUUUUUCAAAUGACACGAGCAGCGAACCGGAACCUGAAGACAUCUUGAAGACGUAUGGCGUGCUUGAGCGUGCCUUCAACAUCUUGGUACCAUCGCGUCGUUACAAACCAGGCAUUACGAAACUAUUAUCUUUGAGUGAUAUGGACUACAACUCCUCCUUUCCCAUUGGAUCGCACCUUAUGAAUGUGCUAAAUUCUGUGGCGGCAUUCGAUCCACCGAUCACAUUGAAUGACUUGGUGAUUAUGAAGGAGAGUUCUAAUAUUGGGAAGAUUUUCGACAUGAUCACCGAUUUCGGCAACGAGGUGGUUUUGCGCCACCUGUCGUGGUUGUUUGUGCUGGAGUAUGGGGCAGUGGCACACCCAGCGGCUGUCCUGUUCAUCCUUCGUGGCAGUGAGAACCGUGCCAGGCAAGCGUUGCCCCGUUACUGCGCUCGCCAAGUCGAGUCCAGCUACAAACUCCUUGUGACUGCCAUGGCCUCCGUAAGCCUCUUCUCCGAGCAAGAGCGACGCCGCAUCGACGAGCAUCUGGCCGCCAUUGUGGAGGAGGCUGCCAAUAAAACGUGGGCAGUCUCGUGGCUCGACAACGAUACGAAAAAAAUUGCCGUGGCAAAGCUGAAGAGCGUACGCACAGUGUUGUGGCCUUCCGACAAGUUCCUCACGCCGGAGGCACUUGACGAAGUGUACGCAAACUUCACCUACAGCGCCUCGUCGUUCGCGGAGUACUGGAUCGAGACGCGUCGCAGCCAGCGCCUGAUGUUCGGCUCCCAGGCAGCCGAAGAGGAGAUGUUCCUAGACGACAGCACUCUGCUGCCAUACGUAGAGUACAAACGCGUGCUCCACCACCUGACCCUCUCCAUGGGAGCAUUGGCACCUCCUCUCUACUGCAAGGAUGGCACGAAUGCCAUGUUUUAUGGCGGCCUGCUGUACGCUUACGCUCGGGAGCUCAUGAAAGCCAUUUACAGCGAUGGAGUUAAGUUCAACCCUAAAGCCGAGUUUGUGUCGUCUUGGUUGAGCCACAGCAUUCAGGACACCUUCGAGCAGCGAACGCUCCGCUGCCUGCCUGGAAACAGCAGCAUCUUCCCCGAAGUUCCCGCGAUGGAGGUGGCGUAUGCAGCAUUCAAGCGACACCACCACGAGAAUAACAGCCGGCUGUCUGAGGAACUGACCGAGGAGAAGGUGUUCUUCAUCACCACCUGCCUCCCUUCCUGCUCUUCGACGCCUGCCGACAACUUCUACGGCGGUGACUGCAACAAGGCGGUCAUGAACUUCGCGCCCUUCGCCAAAGCCUUCGGUUGUCCCGCCGGUUCCAAGAUGAACCCUGCGUCAAAGUGCCCAUUUUACGAUUCAUCUUGAAACCUGUUCGUGUGCGCUCUUUUUUCCUGCCCCAACUGUUUCUUGAAUAACGCUUUCUCUUGUUGUUUGUGUGUGUACGAUAUUUGUCUGUAAUACCAGUUGUUAGCUCUGAUAUCACUAGGGCGUUGUGCACAUUCAACGUAAGCCCACUGUGAAGCUGGACUCAUCUCAGGCCACCUCACUUGUGAACUAUCUGCUGUGCCUCAUAUUUUGCUGCGGUACUCCAUUGUUUGGCGCUUCGUAUAUUUUACGUGGACGUAGUUUUGGCCACUAUGUGCGCGAUUUCUGGGCUGCGCAUCAUACAUAAUGGCUGAUAGCUGAUCACAAUAUUGUGCGCCCUAGGGCUUUGUAAUGGGACCAGCUUCGGACGGCUGUACGAUUCGCAAAAGUGACGUUUUCCUUCCGUAAUUGAGCAAAGCAAGGGAGUGAUGCAUUUUACGAAACGUACCGUAGUAUCCUUCUAAAUUUGCGGUGCCAUCGUACUUUUCACCAUGGUAUUUUCAAUAGUGAGCCAUAGGCUACUACCAUAUCUGAUGUCGUGGAAAUUUCAUUUGAACGCUAUGGUGGCUUGUUCAACUGAUCGUUGUGGUGCAUGUCAUGGGAUGACAUGCGUAUUUCGUGCAUAUUGCCUUUUCACCAGAAAACUCUGUGGCAUUACCAGAGAAGAUGCAUUGCAGCGAAAGGGCAGCCGCUCUACAGUUGAAUUUACAAAAUCAGUAGUACCUGGCAGGUGAUGCAACCCUGAAGUGUCGAGCGUUGGUGCUUGAUGGUGCGUUUUGGAAGUUGGAAAACCUGUUUCGGACGCGGAAAAUGACCAAUAUUUUUUUAUAUGGCGGCAGCAGGUGAGGAUGUCUAUAAAUCGUAAAAGUUGAGGUUAUUACUGUCAUUAAGGUAUGUAGGGCAUCAUACUUUUUCUUGAAUAUGCGCUAAAGAAUGGCUUAAGUUCACGCACCUUUUCCAAGUACUUCAAGCUCCCAAGUCGGCAAAAUUUCCCAAUAAAAUUUUGUGAAGCUACGUCUUUUUCGCGUCCUUUAAA